AUGAAAUCAGAGAAUUCAGGCACUUAAAACAAUGAAGAUGUUGAACUUAUAAUAAAUCAAUCCAAAUAAUAAGAUAUCAGCAAUAAUACUAAUGCGAAAUAGGGACAUUGGAGCCAUGAGGAACACGAAUAAUAUGUUUAAUUCCUACUUAGAGUAAAAGGAUCAGGAGAUACAUAGAGGAAGGGACAACCACUGUUCAAAAGGAUGAGUUAGAUUAUUGGCACUAGAACUCCAAGUUAAUGCAGGUACUAUUUUUAAAACAAAUAGAUCCCACCACUAAAAAUUCAAUCCUUUUAAUCCUCGCUUGAGAAAAAAUCAUAAGAAAAGAUAAUUGAUAAAGACAGAAAAGCCAUUUUAAAGAACAAAACAACUCAUCAGAUAAUAUCUUAAUAAACAUAAAAUUCAUUCCGAUGAUGAAAAUCAAAAGGAAUGA